AUGUUCAGAAAGAUCCAUUCCAUCCUCCACCACGGCCCUCAGGGGAAGGCGGCAGCCGAGGGUCCCUACUAUGCAGGAACCAACCCCAAUGUCAGGCUGAUUCGUAGUAGCUCCAUGUACGUGAUUGGGGACCAUUUCGAGAAGGCUGGCGAGUCCUUGAAGAAGUACAGAAGCACCCACAGCAUGGACACCAGCCUGCAUUACCUGCAGCAGGAGGACCGUGCCUGGAUGUACUCCCGCACCCAGGACUGCCUGCAAUAUCUUCAGGAGCUGCUGGCCCUGCGAAAGAAAUACCUCAGCAGCCUGGGUGACCUGAGGCCCCGGCAAGCACAGGGCGCUGGGUCCACCUCCUCCAAGUCCUCCAGGGGAGCACAAAAGACCCCAAUUAGAAGCAAGCCUCAUCUUCUGCAUAAAGCGGCCUCAAGGAAAUACUCCCAGUUCAGCACGGAUGUGGCCGAGGCCAUCGCCUUCUUCGACUCCAUCAUUGCAGAGCUGGACACAGAGAAACGGCCGAGGACGGCUGAGGUCGACUCGCCUAAUGAAGAUGUGGACUUUGAUGUGGCAACCAGCUCUCAGGAGCACAGCUUGCAUUCCAACUGGAUUCUGCGGGCACCUCGCAGACAUUCCGAGGCCGUCUCCGCUCCCGCCACUGCAGACAGCCGGUUUCGAAGGAGCACGGAACACAGGGUCACUGGCACCCAGAGGAGGCUUGAGAGACACCCCAUUUACCUGCCCAAGGCUGUGGAAGGGGCAUUCAACACCCUGAAAUUCAAGCCCAAAGCCCACAAAAAAGACCUGGGGAGCUCCAGACAGAUCCUCCGCGGCUUCUCCCGAGAAGACACAGAGUGGGACGAAGCGCUCUUUCCGCAGGAGUCCCUGGGGGCUUUGGAGGAGGCUCACUUCGAGGCAGAGAAUCCCAAAGGGCAGUGGCUGAUUCGAGAAAGACUCUGGGAGCGGACCGUGCCCUGACCUGACUAGUCUUCGCUUGGGUCUUUGACAGGAGAUUUGCUUGGGGUGUUGAGUAGAGUCGGAAAUGAAAUUAUGAAGUUGUAACACAACCAAACUCCGACACUGCCCCACUAGUGCCAAAAAGAGCCUGAGCUUCCCAGGGGACAUGUCCUGGGGACUCAGAGACUGGACUUCACACAGCAGUGGACAGGAGAGGAGGAGUAGAGCCAUGCUGCUGGAGUCCUGGAGCAGAGGCCUCGAAUGAGUGUUCCUGACGCCCUGCCUUGCCUGUCACACAGAGAAGAUGGUGGAAAUGGCUCCAUGUACUCAGAACUGGAAAGGAGCUGAUCUGGAGUUUCCACCCACAGCCUCCAGGGAUGUGCCUCAGAAGCCCAGUGGUGACAUCCUGAGUUCUUGAAGUCCUUUCUUGCAGGACACAGUCAAGAAAGCAGCCCCUUCUGCUCAAGGUCCUCUCAAGGCCUUCACAAAUUCGCUUGCUAGGUUAGGCUGAAAAAGACAUCGAUAUCCAGGCAGUAGGGGAGGGAGCAGUUGUAUCGUGCACACAGGCAGCUGGCUCAAGGCGGUGGAGGUGGGCGGGUCUUCCUCUUUUCCAAUUCCCACACAGAUAAAGCUGUAUCCACACAACCAGCCCAUGACAGGCACUGCACCUCCCACUUACAGAUAGCUAGGAACAUAAUGUUCUUUCUGACUAGGAAGACUUUUUGUAGUUCCGACACUGUCUGAGAAGAGACACUAGCCCACUUGAGCAUGGCUCUGGCGGGACAGGCCCUUCUUCCCCAUUCCCUCCACCUUGCUAAAAACCGUUCAAUUGUAUCCCUGAAUCUAGCUACUAAUGUCUAUUCUUUUAUUUGGCCGCUUCCUCCUCCUGAGGCUGACCACCAAGGUCCAGUUACCAAAGUAUUGAAGCCAAGUAAUCGGAAGCCCUGUGGCUCACCUAAUUAACAUACCCCAAUCAAAAUUCAAACCCCCCCAUCCUAACAUGGGGUUUUUCCCUUUAUAAAAGGCCAUCUUCCCACGUGCCACAUUUGUCUCUCCUUUAUCCAGAGACAGUCCUUCCCCUCCCCCACCCAGUACAAAUACCCCAUCCCCCUCUCCCUUGUUCCC